GACGCGGUGGCCGCAGCAGCGCCGGCCUCCUGCUCCUCCUUCUCCUCCUCCCCCGGGAAGCCAUCCGGGCUUGAGGCCCGGCCUGGCGCCCGCUUCGCCCCGUGCUGCCCAUGGUGCCCGGCGCUCCUGCGCCCAGUUUCCACUCAACUCUGAGGCCCACUGGAAAGAACUCCAGGGACAUCUGCCCUGACCCUAUCCCUGCACUGUGAGUCCCUAGUCUGGCCACUGCCCUGAAAUCAGGCUGGGACCCUGUCUCUCCAGCAUUCAUCUUGCCUGAGCAGCUGAACCCACCCACACAGCCGCACAGAGCCCAGCCCCCCCCCAGCCACACCAUGUCCGGCUCCUACGAUGAGGCCUCGCUGGCUCCAGAGGAGACCACCGACAGCUUCUGGGAGGUGGGGAACUACAAGCGCACGGUGAAGCGCAUCGACGACGGCCACCGCCUGUGCAACGACCUAAUGAGCUGCGUGCAGGAGCGCGCCAAGAUCGAGAAGGCAUAUGCACAACAGCUCACCGACUGGGCCAAGCGCUGGCGUCAGCUCAUCGAGAAAGGCCCACAGUAUGGCAGCCUGGAGAGGGCCUGGGGUGCCAUCAUGACAGAGGCGGACAAGGUGAGCGAGCUGCACCAGGAGGUGAAGAACAGCCUGCUGAAUGAUGACCUGGAGAAAGUCAAGAACUGGCAGAAGGACGCCUACCACAAGCAGAUCAUGGGCGGCUUCAAGGAGACCAAGGAGGCCGAGGACGGCUUCCGCAAGGCCCAGAAGCCCUGGGCCAAGAAGAUGAAGGAGCUGGAGGCUGCCAAGAAGGCCUACCACCUGGCCUGCAAGGAGGAGAAGCUGGCCAUGACGCGGGAGAUGAACAGCAAGAGCGAGCAGUCGGUCACACCAGAGCAGCAAAAGAAGCUGCAGGACAAAGUGGACAAAUGCAAACAGGAUGUGCAGAAGACACAGGAGAAGUACGAGAAGGUGCUAGAUGACGUGGGCAAGACCACACCCCAGUAUAUGGAGGGCAUGGAGCAGGUGUUCGAGCAGUGUCAGCAGUUUGAGGAGAAGCGACUGGUCUUCCUCAAGGAGGUGCUGCUGGACAUCAAACGUCACCUCAACCUGGCAGAGAAUAGCAGCUACAUCCACGUGUACCGUGAGCUGGAGCAGGCUAUCCGGGGGGCUGAUGCCCAGGAGGACCUCCGAUGGUUCCGCAGCACCAGCGGCCCCGGCAUGCCCAUGAACUGGCCCCAGUUCGAGGAGUGGAACCCAGACCUGCCCCACACCACCGCCAAGAAGGAGAAGCAGCCCAAGAAGACGGAGGGGGCGGCACUGAGCAACGCCACCGGGGCAGUGGAGUCCACAUCCCAGGCUGGGGACCGCGGCAGCGUCAGCAGCUACGACAGAGGCCAGCCUUACGCCACUGAGUGGUCAGACGACGAGAGUGGAAACCCCUUUGGGGGCAAUGAGGCUAACGGAGGCGCCAAUCCCUUCGAGGAUGACGCCAAGGGUGUCCGUGUGCGGGCGCUGUAUGAUUACGAUGGCCAGGAGCAGGACGAGCUCAGCUUCAAGGCCGGAGACGAGCUCACCAAGCUGGGUGAAGAGGACGAGCAGGGUUGGUGCCGUGGGCGGCUGGACAGCGGGCAGCUGGGCCUGUACCCCGCCAACUACGUGGAGGCCAUCUAGUUGCCCGCCGGCCACACCCUCCCUCCGUCCCACCGCGGCCCCGCCCUCCUCUCGCUCCUCCCCCUCCCCUUGCCAUAGAGUUCCAGACAUAUUUUCCGAUCAAGCUUUUAUUUUUUUAAAAGUCAAACAGA